CAUUCAAACAACCAAAAGAUCAACUGCUUGUUAUUAACUGAUUCCUUCGUCUUUGAUCCAAAUCAGAAACUACCCCAAACUCAUGCCCCAACUUCUUAUCGUUCUUGAACCAAAUUUCCUGUAAAAAAAAAAUGACAUUAAAUUCUAUAAAAGUGGAAGAUUCGUCAUGCAAUGCAACAGAAACUGAGGCGGCGACGUCGUCGUCAAUGCAAUCCUCAGGUGUACAUAAGGUUUGUUUGCCACCGUACAGAACCACUUUUCAGAAACUCCGGCAACGGUUGUCGGAGAUUUUCUUUCCCGACGAUCCACUUCAUAAGUUCAAGAACCAAACGGGGUUGAGGAAAUUUGUUUUGGGUCUUCAGUUUUUCUUCCCUGUUUUUGAAUGGGGUCCUCUGUACAGUUUCAAACUUUUAAGGUCUGAUGUAAUCUCUGGCCUCACCAUUGCUAGCCUUGCUAUCCCUCAAGGAAUUAGUUAUGCUAAACUUGCUAAUUUGCCUCCCAUUAUUGGGUUAUAUUCAAGCUUUGUGCCACCAUUAAUCUAUUCAAUUUUGGGAAGUUCAAGACAUUUAGCAGUUGGUCCAGUAUCUAUAGCCUCACUAGUGAUGGGAACAAUGUUAAGCCAAGCAGUUUCAUACAGCCAAGAGCCAAUUCUAUACCUUCAACUUGCUUUCACAGCAACACUUUUUGCUGGAUUGUUGCAAGCUUCAUUGGGAUUUUUCAGGUUAGGAUUCAUCAUUGAUUUUCUCUCGAAGGCGACUCUACUAGGGUUCAUGGCUGGUGCAGCGGUCAUUGUCUCUUUGCAACAACUGAAAGGAUUGCUGGGGAUAUCUCACUUCACAAACCAGAUGCAAAUAGUUCCUGUUUUGUCUUCUGUUUUCACUCACAAAGAUGAGUGGUCUUGGCAAACCAUUGUUAUGGGUGUUAGUUUUCUCAUCUUCUUGCUGGCGACAAGGCAAAUCAGUACUAGGAAACCGAAACUUUUCUGGAUUUCAGCAGCAGCUCCGUUAGUAUCCGUUAUUCUCUCAACUAUCAUAGUUUUCCUACUUAAAUCCAAGACUAUUCAGACUAUUGGACACCUACCAAAGGGGAUAAAUCCACCAUCACUGAACAUGUUACAUUUUAGUGGCCCUCAUCUCGCUCUUGCUAUCAAAACUGGCAUUAUAACUGGAGUCUUAUCGCUCACAGAAGGGAUAGCGGUAGGAAGGACAUUUGCUGCUAUGCAAAAUUACCAAGUUGAUGGUAACAAAGAAAUGAUAGCUAUCGGACUUAUGAACAUGGCUGGCUCUUGUGCUUCCUGCUUUGUCACUACAGGAUCAUUUUCUCGAUCUGCUGUAAAUUACAAUGCUGGAGCAAAAACUGUCGUUUCAAAUAUAAUAAUGGCGGCAACUGUGCUUAUCACCCUGCUGUUUCUGAUGCCGCUGUUCCAUUACACCCCUAACCUCAUCUUGGCAGCUAUUAUCAUAACAGCAGUGAUCGGCCUAAUUGAUUAUCAAGCUGCAUUCCGUUUAUGGAAAGUUGACAAACUAGAUUUUGUGGCUUGCUUGUCUUCCUUUUUUGGUGUCCUUUUCAUCUCAGUGCCUCUUGGCCUAGCAAUUGCAGUUGGUGUUUCAGUUUUCAAGAUCCUAUUGCAUGUUACAAGGCCAAAUACUAAUGUCUUGGGCUACAUUCCUGGUACUCAAUCAUUUCAAAGCCUAAGCAGAUAUAGCGCAGCUGUUAGGAUUCCUUCUUUCCUUAUUAUAGCUGUUGAGGCUCCUUUCUAUUUUGCAAAUUCUACCUACCUACAAGAAAGGACAUUGAGAUGGAUUCGGGAAGAGGAAGAGAGGAUAGAAGUCAAAAAAGAAACUGCAAUCAAAUGUGUAAUUCUUGACAUGACAGCUGUGACAGCUAUAGACACUAGUGGCAUUGAUACAAUAUGUGAACUCAGAAGGAUACUUGAGAAAAGAUCACUUAAGCUCGUGCUGGCAAAUCCGGUUGGAAACGUUAUGGAAAAGCUGCAUAACUCGCAUGCUCUUGAGGCCUUUGGAUUAGACGGAUUAUAUCUAACAGUUUCUGAAGCUGUGGCGGAUAUUUCAUCUUCUUGGAAGGCUGAAGCUUGAAUUACUAAUACUAUACAUAAGAUUUGGUGGGAGAAUUAAAUACUCUGAACUUGCUUUAUUGGGCUAAGCUCUUCUAAGAAGAGAUUUUGAUGUAUAAUAUUUAUCUUGAUCUAGAAUGAAGAGAAAUCAUUUGCUUGAAUCAAAGUUGGAUUAUCGUUGUUUGUACAGUAUCUAGAAAGAAAUGAAAUUGUAAAUUUCCUCUCUU